GGACUUAUUGACAAUGGUUGGCUAAUGACCAACCAUUAGGAUGAGAGUAUUAUCCCGACACUUGGAACAGGCUUGCUCCCGACUACCUGAAGGUUGUCGGGCCCUGCCUUCCAGUGAAUAACAACAACAUUGUUAUUGUCAGUUAUUCCUUGAUUGGUGUUGGAAUUCAACGGUUGGAUAAAACCUGAACAAUGGAGGACGAAGAAAUGGAGCUGAGUGCUGAGAGUAUUGAGAUUAAUGAAACAGUUGGCAUGGAGAGUAGAUUUUUGGAGCUAGAAGAGGAGGAGGACAGAGUGGAGGCUCCAGAUGGUGAAGAGUGUGAUGAAGAAGAUGAUGAUGCUGAAGAGGAUGCAGAUGAGGCUGAGGUAAAGCGAUUGGAGGCGGUCCUGGUUACAAAUCCUUACGAUUAUGAUAGCCAUGUGGCAGUCAUUUCAAAACUCGAAAAAAUGGGGGAUUUGGAUAGACUCAGGGUCGCCAGGGAGAGGAUGAGCUCCAAAUAUCCACUCAGCCCUGAUAUGUGGCUGCCCUGGAUCAAGGAUGAGAUUAAACUUGCUGUGAGUGAUGAUGAGAGGAAUGCUGUCGAGAAACUCUGCGAGAGGGCUGUUAAAGAUUAUUUGUCUGUUGACGUAUGGCUGGAGUAUCUCCAAUUUAAGAUUGGAUCUAUGGGGAGUGACAAGAGCACCACUGACAAAGUCAGGCAAUUAUUUGAGAGAGCACUGACAACAGCUGGUCUACAUGUCAUCGAAGGUGCCAUCAUCUGGGAGGCUUUUCGAGAAUUUGAGAUGGUUCUUGUGUCAUUGGCAUCGAAUGAGGCAGACAUGAAGGAGCAACUCGAUCGCGUUGGUCGUCUCUUCUCUCGGCAGGUGGCUUGUCCUCUUCUGGAUAUGGAGAAAACCUGGGAUGAAUUCAGAACGUGGCGUUCUAACGAAGGAAAAGAAGCAACACUGGAUGAUGACACUGUCACUCUAGUUUACAAACGUGCCUUGGAAUGCUUAAUGCCUCGCAUUCCAUUCGAGGCGAAACUGAUGGCCACUCCGAACGGGAGUAAACUCCUGGAUGUAUAUAAAGAGUACAUCCUCUAUGAGAAACAGCACGGAAAUGCAGAGCGAGUAAUUGCCCUGUACGAAAGAGCAGUAACGGAAUUGAGUUUGGAGUGGCAGCUGUGGCUGGAUUACCUCGAGUACGUCGAGUCAAAUAUCAAGAUGGAGAGUGUGCAGUUGUCAAUUUACGAAAGGGCCGUCAGGAACGUUCCCUGGUUCUCAAAGAUCUGGAUAAAAUGGCUGAGAUCGUUAGAGAAGUGGGAAAAAAAUCAACUGGAGGUCCUGACCAUUCUGGAGCAGGCACUGACUGCGGGAUUCUCCACUGCUGACGACUACAGGAACGUCUGGAUGACGUACCUCGAGUAUCUGCGACGCAGAGUAGUUGCAAAAUCAUCAGAUAAAGAGAAAGAACUGGAGGUCCUGAGGAGGGCGUCUAAUGAAGCCUGCGAGCACUUGGCCAAAUCCUUCGGCCUCGAGGGCGAUCCACAGUGCGUCGUACUCCAAUUUUGGGCCAGAACUGAAGCCAUUCAUGCCGAUAAUAUGGAGAAAGCUAGAAGUUUGUGGGCAGAUAUUCUGUCACAGGGGCAUUCUGAGAGGGCUGCCAGUUGGCUGGAGUACACCACCCUGGAGAAGUGUCAUGGUGACACUAAACACCUUCGCAAGCUUUAUCAGAAGGCUCUAGCUGCUGUGAAGGACUGGCCAGAGAGCAUUGCAAACUCUUGGAUCGACUUUGAGAGGGAUGAGGGCACCCUCGAGCAGAUGGAAGCCUGUGAGAUCAAGACUAGAGAGAGAUUGGAGAAGAUUGCUGAAGAAAGGGGGAAAAAUCAAGCACAAUGCUCUCCUCAGGAAGAAAGUGCCCCUCUGAAGAAGGCUGCCAAGAGGAAGCAUAAGGAUGCUGGAGGGAAAUGGGAGAAUUUUGGGGGCUCUUUGAUAAAACAGAAUAGAGUGGAGAAGGCUCCAGGUAAAGAUCGGUCCGGGAUUGAGAAGAGUAAAGAGACGGGUCAGAGGAAUGAGAGGAAAGGAACACCUCCUCCAGGAUUUAAACCACCUCCAGGGGAGGAGUCUAUGGACACUAGUCAAGAGAUUGACGAGAAAAUAUCGAUCUUCGUGAGUAAUCUGGAUUACGUGACUACCGAGGAGGAAGUUAGAGAGGCAUUGACUCCGGUUGGACCAAUAGAUUUGUUCAAGAUGAUUACGGACUACAAGGGGAGAAGCAAGGGCUUCUGCUACGUCACGUUGAGCAAUCCUGAUGCUGUGGAGAAUGCCUUGAAACUCGAUAGAACACCUAUAAAUGGACGACCUAUGUUUAUAUCUCGGUGUGACCCCAAUAAAACUACUCGGGGCAAUGCCUUCAAAUACGCUUCUACAUUGGAGAAGAAUAAACUUUUUGUUAAAGGACUCCCUGUGAAAACCACGAAAGAGGAUCUAGAAACAAUUUUCAAGGCGUAUGGACCUCUAAAAGAUGUUCGUAUCGUCACCUAUCGGAAUGGGCACUCGAAGGGUUUAGCUUACGUUGACUUUGAGGACGAAAAUUCCGCGAGUAAAGCUGUACUAGCGACUGAUGGACUGACUAUCGAGGACAAGGUAAUUAGUGUCGCAAUUAGUAAGCCCCCGGAACGAAAAAAGACUCCAGAGGAGCCUCUCAUCAAGUCCCUGGGAGGUACCACAACGAGCAGAACCCACUUCGGUGUUCCCAAGACACUUCUCUCGAUGGUUCCACGAAAUGUAAAGACAGCAGCCAAUGGCAUAACUUCAGGAAAACCUGAGGCCAAACCAUUGAAUAAUCAAGAUUUUCGAAACCUACUUUUGAGUAAAAAAUCGUAAAACAAUGUUUUUAUUAUUCU